AUGUCAUUGAAGACGAUUCUUAUAACGUAUCUCAUUGGUGGGCUGACUCUGCCACCGCUGGCUAUUGCGCUAGCGCUAUAUCUGGCGUGGCGGUUAGCGCCUGAGUACACAGAAGCCGGUGAUGACGUUGAUCUCUCUGACAUUGACAGCAAAGUGGAUCCUUCGUUGAGCUUGACGGCGAUUGAAGACGAGGCAAGCACCGGCGUGAAGGCGUAUAAGGCUGGUUGGAUCACCGUUACAAGGGAGUACCACACGGUAGUGAACAAUGCUUCAGACAAACAGAUUGACUCCAAGGAUAACUCGUCCAAAAGCGCCUACACGGCUCUGUACAAGUUGGUGAAGAAGUCGAAAAAUGACAAGGAUGAGGACCAACCACCCACUCAAAGCGCAUCCUCAACAACUACAAACAGCUCAACGCCUGUGGCAAAGAAGUCUGUAAUGAAGAAGAAUAGGUUUUUUGGUGUGUUGAGACACGGGAACUUGUUUUUAUACAAGAAUGAAGACCAAAAAGAUGUUCAACACGUUAUCGUGCUUGCAAACAAUAUUGUCACGAUAUGGCCAAGAGGCUUGCCUGAUGGUCAAUUGUUUACUAAAAGAUCGGCAAUUUGUAUUCUGAAACCAACUCUACGGCGUCAAUCUGAUUUACCACCAAAGUCAUCCGCGGCGUCACUCAAUGAAGCCGCAAUGGAAUCAAACAAGUCGUCAACCAUUGAUAUCUUGGAGAAUGGUUCCUUGCCCAAUAAGAAAACCGGAUUCUUCAUCUAUUGCGAUACAAAUUUCCAAAAGGAAGAUUGGUACUUUGAGUUGAUUAAAGCGACAAAGAAAGAUUCACAGGCACCAGCUUUACCCUCAGAGCUUGAUCAGUAUAACCCUUCCAUUUAUGCCAAUACGUUGCACUUCAAAACAGCAGAUAUGAUGUCAUUGAUUCAAACUUUACAUUCAUCUGAGGGCCAACUGCAUACAAGAUGGUUGAAUGCGAUAAUUGGAAGAUUACAUUUAGCGUUGAAAGAUACGGAUGUGUUUGAGAAGUAUGUCGAAGCCAAAUUACUCAAAAAACUUUCCAAGAUCAACAGACCUGAUUUCUUGGAUGAGUUUCAAGUGAAGAAAAUUGAGAUUGGCGAUUCUGCUCCAUUCAUCAGUUUUCCAAAAUUGCAAUCUCUAAACCCAGAUGGUUCUUUAAGGGUAUCUUGUAAAUUUACAUACACAGGUAAGAUGUCUCUUAAAAUUGCAACAAAGGCGAAUAUUCCAAAUUUUUCCACUUUCCAAAAAAGAGAUUUGAAUAUCCUCCUUGCUGUUACAAUUAACCGAAUCGAUGGGCCUUUUGUUAUUUGCAUGAAACCACCCCCUUCCAGCAGACUUUGGUACACUUUUGAAUCACAACCAGAUAUCGAUUUGACUAUUGAGCCGGUUGUUUCACAACGUCAAUUAACAUACGGUCUUGUCACAAACGCCAUCGAAAAGAAGUUCAAAGAUGCUAUAAGAGAGUCAUUAGUAGAGCCAUUUUGGGAUGACAUUUCUAUUUUCAACACUUCCGAUGAGUUUUAUAGAGGCGGUAUAUGGAACCAAGAGGGAAGACCAACUAAAACCACACCUGAGAAUGACAAUGACGGUGGUGAUGAUGAGGAUGUUGAAAGCAUGAGGGGUGACUCCGAACAAGAGGGCCUAACAUCUGUAACUGAGGCCAACUUCAACUCGAAUAAUGCCCUAUCUAAAGACUAUUCCCCAAAUGAAGAUCAUUCCUUGAGAUCAAGAUCCAGUCAAAACUUUAGCAAACGAUCCACUCUCAAUACAAUCCAUGAUUUGAAGAGCCGGAAAUCUGAGGCUUCUAUUGGAACUUCACACGAACAAUUCCUUGCAGAUGAAACGUCUGCUGGUAAAAAGGUUAUAUCUAACGGUAUGAAGAAGAUUGGCAAAUGGUACAGUGAAAAAAGCCGCGGUUCUUCUAGCAAUGUGUCAAAGAAUUCAAAGGAUUAUACCCCUCCAGAGAUGAUUUCCAGAAGACGAGCCCCAUCUAGUGGUGAUAAUCAACCAUCAAGAAAGACGAGUUUGACUGAUAUCAAAUCAGCAGGGCAA